AAGCGCCGGGGGGGGGGGCGGGGAGUGUAGGGAUCCGGUGUCCGGCCCUGACUGCCUUGUGGGCCCCACGGAACGGGCUUUCCUCUUCCUGUCAUGCCGGGCUGUGGGCAGCUCCCCGUGUAGCCAUGGAUUUCCCCCAGCACAGCCACCUGGUUCUGGAGCAGCUAAACCAGCAGAGGCAGUUGGGGCUCCUGUGCGACUGCACCUUCGUGGUGGACGGGAUCGACUUUAAGGCCCACAAAGCCGUGUUGGCCGCCUGUAGCCAGUACUUCAGGAUGUUGUUUGUGGAGCAGAAGGACGUGGUGCAUCUGGAUAUCAGCAACGCCGCAGGUCUGGGCCAGGUUCUGGAGUUCAUGUACACUGCGCGGCUCAGCCUGACCCGGGAGAAUGUAGAGGACGUCCUCGCUGUGGCCGGGUUCUUGCAAAUGCAGGAGAUUGUUAAUGCCUGUACUGCCCUGAAAUCUCUCAGUAUGCCCGCGGGGGCAAGUGCCAGCUGCCUGGGGAGCCUCACACCGGCACAGGGUGACGCUGCGCAGACGGAGGGGGCAGUUUCAGGCUCGGGGAACCCAGUGGAGGAAUGUGGUGCAGCUCCAGUUUUAUACCAACAUGGUGGGCACAGCGAGGAAGCCGGUGCAGAGGACAGCGCCACGAGGGACGACAGUCACAGCGAGGGGAGUUUGGCUGCAAGUGACGCUCUCCCUGCCGAGGAGCCGGGGCUCACAAACCAAGACCUCCCAGGUGGGGCUAAGGAAGAAGCCAAUGGGAAAGCGCUGCCCCAGAACCAAGCAGCCUGGCACGUCCCUGCUGGGGAGAAGGGAGCACCCGGAUUGGCAGAGGAGAUAUUGGCCCCCACCAGGGUAGCAAAGGCGGAGACUCCGGCGGAGCAGGAAGUGAGCUGUGAGCAGGGACAGGCGGGCCCCACUCCCCCGGCAGGACAGACAGACAAGCUGGGGGCGCAGGAGGAGGGGGAAGGGCAGACUGAGGAGGAUCCUGGGAGUGAGAACAGGGAGGCGACAGAGGAAAAUGAAUUGGCCACAGACUCGGGGGAUUCCCAGCACCUGGGAUCUGGCGCAACUCCCUACCCGGAUCGGAAUGAGUCCCGGCCCUACGGCUCCACUACUCACAAGUGUAAGUACUGUGGCAAAGAAUUCACCCAUACGGGCAACUACACCCGGCACAUCCGCACCCACACUGGGGAGAAGCCCUUCUCCUGCCGCGAGUGCAACAAGGCGUUCUCCGACCCGGCGGCCUGCCGAGCCCACGAGAAGACUCACAGCCCCCUGAAACCGUACGGCUGCGAGGACUGCGGGAAGAGCUACCGCCUCGUCAGCCUCCUCAAUCUGCACAAGAAGCGCCACACGGGGGACGCCCGCUACCGCUGCACCGACUGCAACAAGCAUUUUACCACCUCGGGCAACCUGAAGCGCCACCAACUGGUCCACAGCGGGGAGAAACCGUACCACUGCGAGUACUGCAACCGGCCCUUCUCCGACCCCACCUCCAAAAUGCGCCACUUAGAGACGCACGACACUAACAAGGAGCACAAGUGCCCCCACUGCGACAAAAAGUUCAACCAACUGGGAAACCUGAAAGCCCACCUGAAGAUUCACAUAGCCGACGGCCCCCUGAAAUGCAGAGAAUGCGGGAAGCAGUUUACCACGUCAGGGAACCUGAAGAGACACCUGCGGAUACACAGCGGGGAGAAGCCGUACGUGUGUGUGCACUGCAAGAGGAAGUUUGCGGAUCCCGGAGCGCUGCAGCGCCACGUCCGGACUCACACCGGGGAGAAGCCGUGCCUGUGUAUGAUCUGCGGCAAAGCCUUCACCCAGGCCAGCUCCCUAAUCGCCCACGUGCGCCAGCACACCGGGGAGAAGCCGUACGUCUGCGAGCGCUGCGGGAAGAGGUUUGUGCAGUCGAGCCAGCUGGCCAAUCACAUCCGCCAUCACGACAACAUUCGGCCGCACAAGUGCAGUGUGUGUAACAAAGCCUUCGUCAAUGUGGGGGACCUGACCAAGCACGUCAUCAUCCACACCGGAGAGAAGCCCUUCCUGUGUGACAAGUGUGGCCGGGGCUUUAACCGAGUGGACAAUCUCCGCUCCCACGUGAAGACGGUGCAUCAGGGGAAGGCGGGGAUGAAGGUGCUGGAGCGAGAGGAGGGGGAGCUGGACGAGGACGAGGUGAAUAUCGUGACGGUGGCGUCUGAUGAGAUGGUCACUUUAACCACGGAGACCAUCGCCGCCACGGCCGUGACAGAACUCACAGUGGUUCCGGUCACCACGUCGGUGGCAGCCGAUGAGACGGAAGCGCUUAAGGCGGAGAUCAGCAAGGCGGUGAAACAGGUGCAGGAAGCAGAUCCCAACACCCAGAUACUGUACGCCUGCGACUCGUGCGGGGAGAAGUUCCUGGACGCCAACAGCUUGGCGCAACACGUGCGAAUGCACACGGCCCAGGCGCUGGUCAUGUUCCAGGCCGACACGGACUUUUACCAGCAGUACAGCGCCCCCACCACGUGGCACACCGAGCAGGUCAUACAGUCCGGGGAGCUCAUAUUCCGCGCGCGGGACGGGGCCGACGAACACCCCCAGGCUGUCGAUUGCCAGAGCCCGGUGGAAUAGCUGGACCUCGGUGCCGGACACUGAGAAUGGGACUGGCCGAGUGCCCAAGCGCACAGGUUCUGGGGCGGCGGCAACUGGACCCUCGGACCUUGCUGGUGUAUAAAGUGUACAUGUGGGGGGGCCCUUAUGCAUCUAAUAAACAUUAUUUUUUAAUUAAAA